AUGGGAUAAUGUCUCAAUUGUUUUAAAAAAAAUGAGGAAAGUUAAUAAGAUGUUGUAUCUUAAUAGGCGAACACCAAUUCUAAACCGCUUAAUGAGUAUUAAACAGAAACUAUUACUUUUAAUAAGCAAAGCAUAAUUCUAACCAAUGAUUCUCAAAAACUCAACGUGACAGACUUUAAAUUGUUAAAGACAUUAGGAAGGGGAAAUUUUGGAAAAGUAUUGUUGGUUCGCAAGCGUUCAUCUGGGAAGAUUUAUGCUAUGAAAAUUGUUAACAAAUAUGAUUUAUAAGUUAAAAAGUAAGUGGAAUAUGCUAAAACAGAAAGAAUAAUUUUAGAAAAGAUCAAUCAUCCAUUUAUAAGUAAACUCCAUUAUGCAUUUUAAACUCAAUAAAAGCUUUAUUAUGUUAUUGAUUAUUGUGCAGGUGGGGAAUUGUUUUUCCACUUAAGAAGAGCAUAUAAAUUUAAAGAGAAUUAAGUUUAAUUUUAUGCUGUUGAAAUUAUUAUAGCCUUAGAAUAUUUGCAUGAUUCUAAGAUUUUAUAUAGAGAUCUAAAACCAGAAAAUAUCUUAUUAUGUUCUGAUGGUCAUAUCAAAUUAAUUGAUUUUGGAUUAUCUAAAAUUAUAAGCAAUCGAGAUAAGCCAUCCUAUUCGAUUGUUGGAACUCCAGAAUAUCUUGCUCCUGAAAUAUAUUCUGAUGAUAAAUUAGGUCAUGACGAAUCCUGUGAUUGGUGGAGUUUGGGAGCCUUGAUGUAUGAAAUGUUAACAGGAGCAGCACCAUUUUAUAGUUAGGAUCGUACACUCAUGUUCAGAAAUAGAAGUGAAAAACCAAUAGAAAUGAAACCAUGGUUUUCUGAAGGUUGUUCGAGUCUACUCACAGGAUUAUUAAAUAAUAAUGUAAAAUAUAUUCCAUAUUAUUAGCCUAAAUAAAGAAUUAAUAUAUAAUAAAUAAAAAAACAUCAAUUUUUUUAAGAUAUUGAUUGGAAUUAAGCCUAAAAUCGUUAAUUAAUACCUCCAAUAAUUCCAGAAUUAAAUGAUGAAUUAGAUUUAAGAUAUUUUAAUAAAGUAAUCAAAUUUUAAUUGUAAGAUGUUUUUGGAUGAACCUGCAAUUGAUAGUCCAGUAAAUAAAAAAGAAUUAUAUGACAAUUACGAUUAUUUUACUUACAAUUCAGAAGCAAUAACAGAAUCUUGA